GCUCAGUUGCUUGAACUUGAUGGCUGCACUAUUCGUGGUUUUUCGUAUCGAUCUUUUAUUUUCAUUUCGUUUUCCACCUCUUCCUCUUGUCUUCCGUAGCCAUUUUUCAUCUGGUUCAAGGGUUCAUAUCUCGCGGGUGGAAACCAGGACCUUCUUUGAUUUCGCGCGCGACUUGUUGGAUUCCUGUGGGACACUCUGACUCGCGCAUCAUACAGCACUAUACGCCAAAACAAGAUGGCGCCUCCACGAGGUUCGUAUACUUGCACACUGUACUUACUGUGUGGCUGGUGGUUUCCGUGGAGCGGAGCAGGCGAGCUAGCGCCAACUUUCUUAUUCGCGGAGAACGCGACUGACGCCUUGACCACUGACCGCUCUCCGCACUACAACCGCCACGACGACUCACAGCAAGUGCGUACGACCAUUGUGGAUACAACAGCGGAGUUCACGGAUGAGGAAGUCAAAGAUGAAGGCGCGGGCGAGUCGGGUUUCGUGGAGAAAUCACUAUCUGGCGACUCCAGUACUAGUGGAGAUGAGUUAAAAGCACCCUCCACGACGAGAGCUGCCGCGAAUGGCAAGACCACGGCGCACGGGGAUUACAGCGUUGCCGUGGAGGGGUUG